AUGCUUCAAGAAUUAGAAUCAGAAUUCACUCUCCAAAAGACCUCUCUCAUUCAAAACAUUCAACAAAUUCUCUCCAAUCUCAUCCAAGCGUAUCCUCAUCAAGAGGAUCAUCCAUGGAAUGAAAAGAAUUCUUCGUUUUUGGACAAACAACAAGAAAAAUUAAAAAAUCAAUUACCAUCAGGUCUUCCCGAAGCCUUUUUUCAAACUCUGAAACAUUGGGUUCAAUUCCAAUCACCGAUUGGACAUGACCAACCGAUUUUACCAUGCCCUUUUAAACAGCAUGAAGCAACUCAUGAAGAACAACAAUCCACUCAUAAACCCAUUACAGUAAAUUUAGAUAGAGCCUUACUCUAUCUCAAUACAGUGGUAUGGGCCUAUGCAGAAGAUCCCGUUACAAUCAUGAAGGCUCUCCCCAAUACGGAUUAUCAUUCGACGUUUCCUCCUGGCAAUGUCUGGCGGUUUGCCUCGACCAAUAUUUACCAAUGUCGGGAUGGUCAUUACUAUCAUUUGCAUGGCUCGUUGAAUGCAACUCCAACGUUUGAAAUGUUGAAACUUCCUCCUUUUCUUGGAGAAGAGCAGAACAAUGCUGCAGCUUCUUCUUCCACUCUCACAGAACAAGAAGCCUAUGAAAGAAUUGCACAGGUCAUUAGGAACGAUUGGAAUUCUGAUGAAAUUGAAUGGACAGCGAAUGAAACCUAUAAACAAGCUGGAACUCGAUGUUGGACUCGUGAGGAAUUUCUGGCGAGUGAGCAUGGAAAAAUUAUUCAUGAAAAACCAUUGUGGGAGGUCGAGAAGGUGGUAUUUGAUCAGGUUGAAAAGCCAAGACCUUUGAGUCGUCUAGUUGUAGCUGCACAAAAUGUUGACACCAAGUCAGAAUUAUCUUCACCCAAUAAUGAAAGUACUGUGAACAGAAUUUUGGAAGGAGUCAAAGUAUUGGUCUUUGGAAGAGCCAUUGCAGCUCCAGCUAUUGGUAGAAAUUUGGCAGAAUAUGGUGCUCACGUUCUCAAAGUGAUUGGUCCUCAAAAUCCAGACGGCAGUGUCUUUCAGUUGGACAAUGUGGGACAACAUUCAUGUUUUGUCGAUUUAAAAACCGAGGAAGGAAAGAAACAAGUAGAAUCUCUCAUUAUGGAAGCUGAUGUGCUGAUACAAGGAUAUCGACCUGGUGCAUUGGAAAAAUUAGGAUUUGGUUUUGAUCGAGUUAGCCAAUUAGUACAAUCUCGUGGUUAUGGAAUUGUGUAUGUUUCUGAGGAUUGUUAUGGAUCAGGAGGUCCUCUGUCACAUCGUUCUGGAUGGCAACAAAUUGCAGAUUGUUUUUCUGGAGUGGCCUGGGCCCAAGGAAGAGCUCUUGGUUUAGAGGAACCAGUCAUUCCCUUAUUGCCAAUUUCGGAUUAUUGUUGUGGAGUGAUGGGAGCAUGUGCGGCAUUGGAUGGAUUGUAUCGUCGUUGUAAAUAUGGUGGAUCUUAUUACAUGACCACUUCAUUGACGAAAUAUAAUGAUUGGCUGCAAGAGUUGGGAAUGUAUCCAGACGAGGUUGUGAAGGAAUUGAUUCAAUCUUUUGGUGUUUCUUAUCGAUGCCAUGAUAACAUGUUAGCAAUGACAACCAAAACUCUGGGUGGUCUUUUAAAGAAAAUACCAAAAAUCAUGUUGGGAAAUUUUGGCAAAUUUGAAGAAACACCUUUCAAAAUUCCAGUCAAGUAUUUGAAGCCUGUUGUGUCCAUACAAGACACGGUGAAUGAAUUUUUGUGUCCGCCAAGACCUCAUGGAUAUGAUAAGCCAGAAUUUCCAAAUUAUCAUUAA